AUGAACUCAACUGCAUCGCACUCCCGCAAUGUCGGCAAUAACGACUUUCGCGGUAAUACUACACUCCAUCAAGGCGAUGUUCACAAUGUGUUCAACUACCCCCAGGAGAGACGAGAAACUCCACCACAGCCUUUCCCGCUGAUCCCAUUCAGUCGCGAUCCCGAUUUCGUCAACCGAGGAGACAUUCUCGAACGGAUUUCUGCACGCUGCUUGGAGCCAGCCGGUCGAGUGGCGCUGGUAGGCCUUGGUGGUGUUGGGAAAUCGCAGCUGGCUAUCGAAUUCGCCCACAGAUUCGCUGAAGAGCAUAAGAACAUCUGGGUGUUCUGGAUUCAUGCAGCUACACAGGCACGUGUUCAAGAAGGCUUCAGGUUGAUUGCCGACGCCGUGAAAUUGCCUGAGCGGAAGCAACCUAAAGCUGAUAUAGCGCUUCUUGUGCGAAACUGGCUAUCCAUCGAACAUAACGGUAGAUGGGUUGUCAUCCUUGAUAGUGCCGAUGACACCGAGGUGCUCUAUGGCAUAGACGAAAGUGGCUAUGGCAAACGGCCAUUGGCGGCAUACAUUCCCAAGACUCGAAACGGAUCCAUUGUCCUUACCACGCGCAACAGAAGCAUUGCUUCUAAACUGACCGGGGGGUACAAGCACAUUAUUGACGUUGAUACAAUGUCAGAGACGGAUGCGCUUACCCUCUUGGAGAGGAAGAUGGGAUCUCCUUUGGAUGAUAGAAGCUUGGCAGAAGAUCUUGUCAAGGCACUGGAGUGUAUACCGUUGGCUAUUAGCCAGGCUGCUGCCUAUAUACAAGCGAGGAAGCCGCGAAGUUCGAUUGAGAAAUACCUUGUCGAGUUUGGGAAGAGCGAGCGGGAAAGCAUGAGACUUUUAAAGUAUGAAGCAAAUGAUACAGGAAGGGAGGAAGAGGCAUCAAAUGCAGUCCUGAAAACGUGGACAAUAUCGUUUGAAUACAUUCGCUCGCAUCAUCGCUCUGCGGCAGAUCUUCUAUCACUCAUGAGUUUCUUCGAUCGGCAAGGCAUUCCCGAGUGGGUGCUUAUCGAAUUCAGGACGCCAAGCGACAGUGAAGAUUCGGAAUCUGACACCGAGGACAUAGAGUCCGACGAUAGCAUUGACUCAACCGAGGCUGACGACGAUUCUCAUGGCGAUACAAAUGGCAAGCUUGAAGAAGACAUAUUGAUUCUGAGGAACUACUGCCUUAUUGCUAUGAACGAAAAAGGCGACAUAUUUGAGAUGCACAGACUUGUGCAACUGUCAAUUAAAAGCUGGCUGAAAGCUGUUGCACUGCAAGAGACGUUCAUGCAGCAAUACAUUACGCGGAUGGCAAUGUUGGUUCCCACAGUGAGAUAUGACAACUGGGCAAUGUGCCAGGAUCUCUUUGCACAUGUUCAGGUGGCCCUUGAUUACCAACCGAACGCAGAUACCCUAACUAACUGGGCAACUCUGUGUUAUAACGGGGGGUUCUAUGCAUAUUCACAAGGAAGAUAUAACAUUGCAGAGCGAAUGCUGGUUAAAUCUAAGAAGAUUUUUGAGAAGAAGUUUGGAGAGAGUGGUCAUUGGACUUUGGCAACUUUAACGGUAUAUGCAUGGGUGCUGGCAGACAUUGGUCGAUUGGAUGAAGCUGAGGAGCUACAAGUGCAAGUGAUGGAGUCCUUCAAGACGAAACUUGGAGCCGACCACGAAAAUACACUGACAAGCAUAAACAACCUUACAUUAAUAUAUUCUGAGCAAGGCCGAUUAGAUGAAGCCGAGAAGCUACAACUGCAAGUAUUGGAAGCUCGCAAGACUCUGCUUGCGGCCGGCCAUCCACAGUUACUCAGAAGCAUGAGCAGCCUUGCGUCAACGUAUAGGAAACGAGGCCGGUUGGAUGAAGCUGAAAUGCUAGAGGUGCAGGCAUUAGAGGCUUACAAGAUGAAGCUUGAACCCAAUCAUCCAGUUAUACUCCAAAGUCUAAGCAACGUUGCAUUCAUAUACAGAGAGCAAGGCCGAUGGGAUAAAGCUGAAGAGCUAGGGUUGCAAGUAUUGGAGGCUUGCAAGACUGAACUUGGAACCGACCAUCCAACAACACUUCGAUUCAUGAAUAACCUUGCAAUAACCUAUCGGGCCCAAAACCGACUUAAUGAAGCCGAGGAACUACAGGUGCAAGCAUUAGAGGGUGCCAAGAUCAAGCUUGGAACCGACCAUCCAGACACACUUACCAUCAUGAAAAAACUCGCAUAUACCUGGAAGGACCAAGGCCGACAUGAAGAUGCUCUGGCGCUAAUGAAGGAGGCUCUCGGGGCUUACCGGCGAGUCUUUGGCCCACAACAUCCCGGUACUUUGGAGUCUUUGAAAUAUGUUGAAGAAUGGAGCAAUAAUAAUGUAGAAGAAAUGGAAUGA